GCGCCCCCGGGCUCCAUCCCCGCUGCUCGGAGCAAGUGCCACGGCUGCCGGCUCUCUUUAAAUCCCAGUAUCCUCCAGCUCUUCCCUGCCCCUUUCGGUAAUUUCUUCCCUGCCUCGGGAGGAGCUCGGCUCAGCCUCAGCCCCUGCUGGAUGCGGGUCUCGGCUUCAGCGAUUCAGCCGGAGACGCCAGCGCUUCCAGCUGCGCCCAGCGUGGGUUGCAACAAUCCUGUAAAAUCUGUCUGCUAGGAGCAGCCUACAGGUUUUAAAAUGAAGUGCACUGCAUCCAAGGACUGGUCCUGCCCUCAGGUAAAGCAGAGAAGCAGUGAGCAUCAUGAUGGAGAGUGCCUGUGAGGGACCAUCUUCCUGUCUGAGAUCAUGCUGAAGGACUCACACUUGAUUCCAUGAGAUUUUGGAUGUCCAGCCUCCACCGGGACCACCCUUGUCAAGCAGAUGCUUGUGGGAGAGGAAUGGUGUUGAUCCCCAGCAGGGUCCCCUUUGCUGCCCUGUAUUGUUAAGCCUCUUCACUGGUGCUUGGAGAGGGAACAGUGCUGCUCUGUUGUGGUUUUCACUAUGAGUCAAGAUGAAUAAACCAAAGCAUUGAAGGUCAUCAUCCAAAAGGUUGUUAUCCACUUUAAUAAGGCGAGCAAGAAGAUGUAGUGGACGGAGGCCAGGCCGAGACGCCGCGGGGCCGCACGCCGCUCCCUGCCGGCACCAUGUCCAAGAAGGCCUCGGGCAGCCGCGCCCGGGGGGAGAAGCUGGACGCCUUGGCUGCCUUGCAGGCUGCCAACGAAGAGCUCAGGGCCAAGCUCACUGACAUCCAGAUAGAGCUCCAGCAAGAAAAGAGUAAGGUCAGCAAGUUGGAAAGAGAGAAAAAUCAGGAGGUUAAGCAGAUCAGAGAGCACGAACAGCACAAGAGCACAGUGGUGGUAACUGAGCUUAAAGUCAAACUUCAUGAAGAGAAAAUGAAGGAGCUCCAAGCUGUUCGAGAAGCACUUUUGAGGCAGCAUGAAGCUGAACUGCUUAGAGUAAUAAAAAUUAAAGAUAAUGAAAUCCAGAGACUACAGACCCUUCUCAAUGCUGUACGGGAUGGGGGUCCUGACAAGAUGAAAACGGUGCUGCUGACAGAGGCAAAGGAGGAGGCCAAGAAGGGGUUUGAAGUUGAGAAAAUAAAAAUGCAGCAAGAAAUUUCAGAGCUGAAGGGGGCUAAGAAACAAGUGGAAGAGGCUUUGACUGUGGUCAUCCAGGCUGACAAAAUUAAAGCAGCAGAGAUAAGGAGUGUGUAUCACCUGCAUCAAGAGGAAAUCAGCAGAAUUAAAAGGGAGUGUGAGAGAGAAAUUCGUAGACUGAUGGAGGAGAUUAAAUUUAAAGACAGAGCAGUCUACGUGCUGGAGAGAGAGUUAGGGGUUCAAGCCGGGCAUGCUCAGAGACUGCAGCUCCAAAAGGAGGCUUUAGAUGAACAACUUUCCCAGAUCAAAGAGUCUGAUCGGCAUCUGAGCAGCCCCAAGCGGGAACUUCCUUAUGCAAGUGGUGCAGGAGACGCUUCAGAUCAUUCGGGAAGCCCCGAACAGCAGCUGGAUGAAAAGGAUGCCCGGCGUUUCCAACUGAAAAUCGCUGAGCUGAGCGCCAUCAUCAGGAAGCUGGAGGACCGGAACGCGCUGCUGUCCGAGGAGAGGAAUGAGCUGUUAAAACGUCUUAGAGAAGCUGAAAGUCAGUAUAAGCCCAUUUUGGAUAAAAACAAACGCCUUAGUAGGAAGAAUGAAGAAUUGUCACAUGCCUUACGUCGAAUGGAAAACAAAUUGAAAUUUGUAACACAGGAAAACAUAGCAAUGAGGCAAAGAGCUGGAACAAUCAGGAGACCGAGCUCUUUAAAUGACCUUGACCACAGCCAGGAAGAAAGAGAAGUUGAUUUCCUCAGACUGCAAGUCAUUGAACAGCAAAAUCUCAUUGAUGAGCUCUCCAAGACCCUGGAAACUGCUGGCUAUGUGAAGAGUGUCAUGGAACGUGAUAAGCUGUUAAGGUUUAGGAAGCAAAGGAAAAAAAUGGCAAGAAUUCCUAAGAAGCCGGUGGUGGAGACGUUUUUUGGCUACGAUGAAGAAGGGUCCUUGGAGUCUGAUGGCUCCUCUGUCUCGUACCAAACUGACCGGACGGACCAAACUCCUUGCACUCCUGAAGAUGACUUGGAAGAGGGCAUGGCCAAGGAAGAGACGGAGCUGCGGUUCCGGCAGCUGACGAUGGAGUACCAGGCCCUGCAGCGAGCGUACGCCCUGUUGCAGGAACAGGUCGGAGGAACAUUGGAUGCAGAGCGAGAAGUUAAGACACGUGAGCAGCUCCAAGCAGAAAUACACCGCUCUCAGGCCCAGAUAGAAGACCUGGAGAAGGCUCUUGCACAGCAGGGGCAGGACAUGAAGUGGAUUGAGGAGAAGCAAGCAUUGUAUAGAAGAAAUCAAGAACUGGUAGAAAAGAUAAAACAAAUGGAAGCCGAGGAAGCUCGCUUAAAACAUGAUGUCCAAGAUGCCAAGGAUCAAAACGAGCUCCUGGAGUUCAGGAUCUUGGAGCUUGAAGAGCGGGAGCGCCGGUCGCCUGCCAUCAACUUCCACCACGGCCCUUUCACAGAGGGGAAAAGCCCUCUGCAAGUCUACUGUGAGGCAGAAGGUGUAACAGACAUAGUAGUAGCAGAGCUGAUGAAAAAGUUGGACAUUUUAGGGGAUAACGCCGUAAGUAAUCUGACCAAUGAAGAGCAAGUAGUUGUCAUACAAGCAAGGACAGUUCUCACCUUGGCUGAAAAGUGGCUACAGCAGAUCGAGGUGACCGAGGCUGCACUGCAGCAGAAGAUGCUGGACCUGGAGAACGAAAAGGAGCUGUUCAGCAAGCAGAAGGGGUACCUGGACGAUGAGCUGGACUUCAGGAAACAGUCCCUGGACAAAGCUCACAAGCAAAUUCUGGAAUUAGAAGCCAUGCUCUAUGAUGCCCUGCAGCAAGAAGCUGGAGCCAAAAUUUCCGAACUUCUUUCAGAAGAGGAGAAAGAGAAGCUGAAGACGGCGGUGGAGCAGUGGAAGCGGCAGAUGAUGAGCGAGCUGCGGGAGAGGGAUGCCCAGAUCCUGCGGGAGAGGAUGGAGCUCAUCCAGCACGCCCAGCAGAGAAUUAAAGAGCUAGAAGAAAGAAUUGAAGGCCAAAAAAGACAAAUAAAAGAGUUAGAGGAAAAGCUUUCAUUCUUUGGUCAUAGUCCUUCAGGCCACACACAAAAGCUUACUGAGGAAACUAGAAUUGCUUCUACUGUCCCCAGCAGGAAGACAGCACUAAUUACCGAGGCAGAAAAAGAGACAUUGCCAUUUCAGCAACCCCAGAUCUCUCUUGUAUUUUGCUACUGGCCAUGGAAGAUGGAACUUUCAGACUGAUGCUGAACGAGGAGGGCAUGUGGGAAUUUCUGCACAGGUGGUGUCUGCACCAUGGAAACCUUGGACUAGGAGCUGAAAAGCUAGAGCUACGCUGACAAAGAAGAAAGCCAAAAACCCCCACCCUCUCCCACAGCCACAGGCUCCUUCCAGGAGUCCUGGCUCUGCUGCUUGGGUUAACUUUCAGUGAAGCCCUGGCUCUGCUGCUUGAAAUAGCUCUCAGCUUUCUGUAAGGAGCCCUAUACUAAUUCAGGUAAACUGAAUCUCUUUAGGUUCCCUGCUAAGCAGGCAGCAAAUUGCUUCUGUAUAGAAGUGACCGUGUCCUGGUUUAUAUGUCACACAUUUAUAUUUGCUAGUCAUACUGUUUUAAAGUCUGUCUUGAAAGAAGAUUUUAGGAAGAAUUCCAGAGGAGUAACUCGUGAAAUGACAAGUGUGAAUGAAAAGGAAGUGUUUUGUUCCCAAGUAUUUCAUUGUAACACAGGACAUGUCAGAUGGUGAGUUGAAUAUCCCACAAGCCCAGUUUUAGGGAAAAGAGAAGCUGUGCUUGAACCCUUUGGGGAAACAAACUGUGACUUUUUCACUGUUUUGGGGGGGUUUUGAGUUUUCAGUAGACUAUGGCCCAGGCACAAUAAUUUGUAAUUUGCCUUCCCUAACUGAUGGCCAAAGGCUUUACACUGUCCCAACAAAAGGUUUGACCUGGAGGAGAGCGAAUGGAAAGCUCGUUAUCCCUGAGCCCCAGGGUCUGGGCUGGGGGAGGCAGCAAAGGGAACAGGACGCGUCAUCACCUGCAGGCAAAGGAGCACAAGGACCACAGAGCCCCGGCCCAGGAGGCUGGUGCAGGAGCCAGGAAGGAAAAUGGAUCCUCUAGAAAAACAGCUGAAGGAAAAUCUGGAAGGAAUCCCACGAUGUGAGUUGCCAGCUGGGAACUGCAGCCUAGCACACGAGCCUGGAGCUGUGGGGAAGGCUGGGAAGAAGUACGAAGGUCCUGAGGCAGAGGAGGACCUGAGGAGGACCUGCCCAUCCCUGGGAAGCAGCAGGCAGACCCAGAGCUCCUGACAGGUACCUGCACCGCUUCCAAAACUUGUGUUGAGUUUACAAAGCUAUGAAGAAAAUCCCUCGAUGUGGAAAUUCUCAAAACUCUCCAGAUAUUUGCACAUCAAUCGUCUGUGUUAAACUGGAAGGUGUGAACAGCAAAGGGGGCUAAACUACAGAAAUGUGAGAAAAGUAAUUGUUCAGGAAAGUGCUAUAUUUGUACUGAAGUAGUGUGACAUUUGAAGUCAAAGGUUAUUCAUUUUGAGGUCAGCAAAUGAUUAUAAAAGAAAUUCAACUCCAGUCCUACCAGGUGCAAAUACCAAUACUGGGAUUGCGUUCAUUGAUGAGCUACGUUUUUACUUUGGUGUUUUAUGCUUACUACAUUGUUAAAUCCUAAAUGUGCCUUUUCAGUUCUGCUGAAACAGUUGCUGUCUUAGAAACACUUCAUUUACUGGGAAGGACCGCAAAGGAUAGUUGAGGUGACCACCUGGGGUCUAAGGCAUCCCCAAGCCCUGGCUGGCAGUGGGCAGGGAUGUGUUGUGCCAGCUCCAAAUGCCCUCAGGGAAAGGCCCAGAGAUGCCUGGGGGAAUCUGGGGGCUGCUGGGGUGCAAAUGGGCACAAUACCCAGGGCACUGCUGGGGACUGGGACUGGUGACAAAGCCGUGUUGGGAGUGUCUUGGAUCCACCUCACGGCUGCUUCCUCAGGCCGGGCUUUGCACCUUGUCUGUGGCUGGAAUUUCAGUUCUCUUCUCCAAUUCAUUAGACUUUGUUAGUCAUGGGUUUUUUUAAUUAAGAAGCUAACUGUACAGGACAGGUAUGUGUGUAAAUAAGGGAUUAUGCUAAUGUAUAUGUUAAUAAUUACAUGUAAAAAGAUAUGUACAUAGGAAUGAAGAAAAAAACAAAAAAAGGCUCAAAGAAUGUUUUCAAACCUGUUUCUUUCUCAUAACUGCCCCGACAGGACAUGGACAGAAAUGUACUCCUCCUGCCAACAGGAGGGGUUUUGCUCCAUUUUCAGUCACUUUGUGUUUGAUCCCACGGGGGUUCUGCACAAGGAGUUGGCACGAUGAGUCCUUCACUGGAGACAGUGCCACCCUUCAUCCCUGGGCUCAGCUGUGUCACAUCCCAAGUGUUGUCUUCAAACUGCUGGGCCUUGUGCAUCUUCUAAAAACAGUCUCAAAGCCACAGGACCGUGGGGACACACACACACAUACAACCCUGGUCUGGGUGUCUGUCACAAGGCUUUCUCCUGCAGCCCCUCGGUUGGAGGGCAGAGGGGAGGGACCCACAGCCACCCUUGGGGUGCCAGUGCCUGCUCCCCAGGCUGGUGAGGGGCUGCCAACCACCGGUUUCUCACCUCUGGGCACCUUUUAUAAGCUCCCCUGACAUCCCUCAGAUAACGACAGACACAGAUAACCCGAGUGUCUCCCUGGGGCAUCACGGAUGCGUCCCCGCGGCUGCGCUGGGCCCACGGGCUUUGGGCAGCAGGCAGACACGUUGGCUCCACAGGCAGUGCCCAGAGGAGCACCGGGCACUCAGGACACUCCUGCCCUGGUGGCACUGGCCCUGCAGUGUCCACAGAGCCACACAUCUCACCUGAAACCCACAGGAACUGCAGCUUGCUUUGGCCACGGCCCGUGCUGGGUGCCUCAGGCCCAUGCUGCUUGUUCAAGCUGCUGGAGGACCGUGGCUGUCACCGAAAGUCUCUGCUCCAGGACAAUCUGUAGCCUUCAGCGAACCCCUGAGUGCCUUACCCAGCUUGUGAACACCCCUCCUGCCAGCCCAGGCAGGGUGCACCCGAGAGCCACUCUGGGGGGACCGAGUCCCUUCGCAUCCCAGCUGCCACCACCCCCACCUUGGGACGGGCAGCGUGUUCCAGCACGGACAUGGGCUUGGGGUAGACUCAGGAAACCGUGUUGGGAACCUGUAUUAAACUCUGUACUUAGGUAUUGUACAUUUGUAUUUUGUACAUUAUGUACUGUACAAAAGGGAACUAUUGUAAAUUUAUGCAAAAUGUAAACCACAGAAAAUGGUUGGGUUUGGGGUGUUUUUUCCCACUGGCCAGUGUGCCGUGACUUGUGUUCUCUAAUAUAAUCCUAACAACUAUAGCCUAAACAUGUAACGUUUGGUUCAGUGCUGAAGCAGGAAUUGACAGGCCUAAAAUAGGGCUGGAGUGAUCAAUUUCAGAAUUUUACACAUAUUUUUGUAUCGUGAUUCAUAUGAUCUAUAUCAAGAGACUUUCUAUUCAUUUGUAAAAUACAUAAAUUAUUGUAAACUUUUAAUAAAAAGAUCUGUUUUAAACCUUCAAA